AUGGGACACAAAGUCACAGUUGCCCUUUUCAGACACCUGCUUUGGGAGCCCAAACUCACAUCUCCGUGUUCUGGUCACACCCUUGUCUGUCCCCACAGGCUUCUCUAUCUGAGAUGUGGGAAGAAAUCUGGACGGGACCAGUCGGCGCUGUGUGCCGCGUGCUGCCUCCUGACCAGCCUGUGUGACACAGUUGGGGCGAUUCUGGCCAAACAGCUCACAAUACAGGUCUUCACUGGUGCCUACCUAGCAGCUAUUGAUCUGGUGAGCUUUGUGUCCAUUCUCUUCCCAGUCUGUGGCUCCAAAUUCAAGUCUAAUUCGGGUCGGAGCUCCCAGGAGAGGAAGAGGAGGCAGCGGCUGAGGGCCAGCGUAUUUGCCCUGGCCCUGCCGCUGAGCCUGGGCCCAGGCUGGGCUCUGUGGACCGCUGUCCCAAAGGCUUCAAGCCCCAUCCAAGGGCCGCAGCGGAGGCUGCUGGGAAGCCUGCUACAGGACAAUACUGAAAUCUUCGGCUACCUGCUGGGCAGCAUCGCAGCCUUCGGCUCCUGGGCGUCCCGGAUCCCCCCACUCUCCAGAAUCUGCCGGGGGAAGACAUUUCCCUCCAUCCACCUGUGGACCCGGCUCCUGUCAGCCCUGGCUGGCCUCCUCUAUGCCUCAGCCAUCGUGGCCCAUGAUCGGCGGCCUGAGUACCUGCUGCGGGCCACGCCCUGGUUCCUGACCUCCCUUGGCCGUGCAGCGCUGGACCUUGCUAUCAUUUUUCUUUCCUGGGUGAUGAAAAGCAAGAUGAGGCAGGCCUUGGGAUUUGCCUCUGAAGCCAGAGAGAGCCCCGACACGCAAGCCCUUCUGACCUGUGCGGAGAAGGAGGAAGAAAGCCAGGAGAAUUUGGACUGGAUGCCUCUCAUCGCACUGCCGCACUGCAAGCCACUCAAGAGGAUGGCAGCCAUUAGUCGUUACAUGGAGCUGACCAUAGAGCCAGUGCAACAGGCAGGCUGCAGUGCCACCAGGCUGCCGGGCGACGGACAGACGAGCGCAGAAGCCGCGUCCCUGCAGGAGCCCCCCUCGUACCCUCCGGUUCAGGUCAUCCGGGCCCGCGUGUCCUCCAGCAGCUCCUCCCAGGCCUCCUCCAUCAACUCCGACCUCGAGUGGGACCCUGAAGAUGUAAACCUUGAAAGGAACAAAGAUAACAUGCAGAUGCUCAGAUCCCAGGUGCACAAGUGGUCUGUGAAGCCAGUGGACUUGACCUCUGAUGAGUAACACUUUCUGGAGACAGCUCAACAGCUCCGAGCCGUCAAGCAUUUGUCAGGAUCUGAGCAGGGAUCAACCUGCAGUGACACCCAUGACUGGAAUUUAAGCUUCUGCCGAGGCUGCCCAUGAAAAUGAGGAACAAGGAGCUGUCACAGAGCUUGGCUGGUCGGCACCAUGGCUCAGAAUGGAGCUAAGACGUGGGGUCCUGUGGACAGACCUGGACAGGCCCCAAGUUUGUUCUGAAGAUUAGAAGUUCACAAACCACUCUUGCUUUGAGAUACAAUCUAAAGGACUUUGGACCUUCUUUUCCCUUUCGCUUUAAAUUCGCCUGGACUCUGACUAUCUGCUAGGUGCCAGGAACGAGUUCAUCAAACAAACAGCUGAUAUGUUUGGAUCGCCAUGAAGCUCUAUUCUGCCAGAACUGACUAAGCCUAGGAGAGGGCUGGGCCAACGUUCUGGGGGUCUGGGACACGAUCACAGGUACUGAUGGGAACUGACUCCUGCCCUCCAGUCACCCACUUGAGUUUUCUGCUGGAAGUUAGGAGAGGACUGUUUGAUGAACCAGGUGUUUGCAAGAUCAUUGGUAUUGCAAGGGCAAACAAAGCAAAUUGCUCUAGGUACCAGGACUUGCUCCAACCUGGCAAGGUGUGUGCUGGGGCAGGGUUUGCGGGUAAAGGGGACUGUCUGCUUCAGGAGGUACCUGAAAGCACACAAAGGGUAAGAGGCAUGGUGGGAGGCGUUCAAUUUAAGCACUGAAAUCCCAUUUGAGGAUUUUUUUUGGAGCGAGGGUAGGGGGAACACCUGAAUGAAUAAAUCCUGAUUGAGUGAACUGAAGUAUCUCACCAUGGAGCACAGAGAUAUGUCUGAAUCCCAGCACAGCCACAGAAGUCUGCCACGAGAGGAUCUGGGGGAAAUGUCAAGAAACACAGUUCUGUUCCUGGCUGUCCCCCAGCAGCCUGUGUGACUCAGCUGCAGCUGCCCAAUUGCUCCUAAGGGGCAGUUCAAGUCCAGCAGCAUGAAGGGGGUGCCUCACGGAAGCAGGUUGGUUUCACAGGUCUCUGCAGGGAUUCCAAUCCCCAGUGUGACCUCUGAACUAGAAGUGAACUUAAAGCCACCCUAUUUACCCAACUGCUUUGGACCGUGCUUGUCUUGUAAUAGAGUUUGCUAAAGUCAGUUUUGCUCUGUGAUCUUAAUCACCAAAGCUGUACUUUGAGGGAAGAUGAAACUUUGAAUUGAGGCGCAGGGGUUGGGAGAGUGUUCUGGCAGAGGAAACCACACAGGAUUAGAAGCAGGGCAGAGAGGAAUCUAGCCAAGGAAAGAGGAAUCUGACGUGACCAGAAUGGGUGUAGGGAGUGGGUGAAGGGGCUGAAAAGGAACCCGGGAGCUGGUACUUAAUUCUGUGGGUGACUGGUAGCUAUUGCAAGAUCCCAGAGUAGGAAAAUGACAUGCCUUACAGAGACCACAGCUGACUGGUGAGUUUUACAUCCCUAUGGCCACAACUUUUCAGGAAGCAGAAAUGUAGUCAUGGAUACAGUACAGACUUGGGGAACGUGUUUCAUCUGAUCGGUAACAGCAGGGCAGGAGGAGGGCUCAUCUUGGGAAACGCAGAAGGUGUGGGAGUAGGAUGACAUCCCUGGAGUUCGCCUUUAGCACAUUCCCCUCUCCCCCAAGGGGAGGCUGGCUCAUGCUCUGUGGGGCACCCGAAACUGGCUGGCUCCUGAUAGAAAUGGCCAUUCACUCAAGAACAUCAAAUGAUCUUGCUGACUUUGAGCAGCACAAACUGCUUGAGCUCCAGAUGUUGACCAUUUCUCUAGACCCCAUCGUCCCAGCCUCUUCCUUCACAAACCAGUAUUGUUCAAGCUUGUCUCAAAAUUGAAUCCCAAGUCUCUUCAUCCAGAGUGAACCUUUAAACUGAGCAAUUUUGGAAGCAAAGUGUGGCCUCAUUGUUCAAUGGGAAUCUGCCUGUUAUGCAAAGCUCUGGAACUCUGGGGCCUUCAUGAAGAGGUGCCAACCAAAAUGCCUUUCUCCUAGCAGGCAUCCUUCUAGCUGCCUUGGGCCUCCGUUGCAGCUUCAUCCCUCACUGUUAGUCUGACUAGGAGGAUAAUGGGAGUUACUUGUCCUGAAGACUCACUGAACAGUGCAAGACGCUGCCUACACUGGGGAGAAGCUGGGGAACAAAUUGUGUGAUCAUCUGCCCAAUCACCUGGAGAUGAGAGAUGGUGUAACAGUUGCAGUUGUGCUGCCUACUGUCUGCAUGGCUUGGAGCUUGUUACCCAACCUUUGUGAACUCAUGGGUAAACUGAGAAUAACAGCUACUUAGAAAGCUCGUUGUGAAGAUUAAGAAAAUGAACAUAUAUGAAUGCAAAACACUACGUGACUCAAAGUAGACAUUAAAGAGGGAUUAGUUUCCUUCCUCCCUACAAUUCCUGGCUACAUAUGCCCUGAAAACCAGUUAGUGACCAAGAAUCAGAUCCACAGAUGGAAGGAGUUUCAGAGGACUGAAUCCCCUUGACUACAACCCCAAUAAGUGAUUAUCCAACCAACCAAGUAGUUUAAACUACUCCAAAAAAAAA